CACUGCUGUCUUGAAUUGAUGAGUCGAUGAUGAAAAGCAUGAGUGCGUCCUCAUUUUCCAACUUUCCACUUCGGCAGCAAAAGCUCUAUCUCCUCUUUGCCUCAAACCCCAUUGGAUAUGAAAAUCUUCGCUCUCAUUGCCACAUUGUGCAGCUUCGCGGUCGCUGCUGUCGAAGAAGAGACCAAGACUCUCGAUGAGUUGUACGCCGAUGCCAUCGCUGAGGGGGGCAACCUCAUCAUGUACCAUGGAGGUGACACUCCCACACAACAAAACCGCAUCAAGAACGCAUUUGCGGCAGCGUACCCGGAGAUUAACUUCACCCUGAUCGUCGACUACAGCAAAUAUCACGACGUCCGCAUUGACAAUCAACUGGAGACAGACACGUUGGUGCCCGAUGUAGUAGCUCUGCAGACGCUUCAGGACUUUACUCGCUGGACCAAGACUGGCGAUCUUCUUCCUUAUAAACCUAAGGGGUUCUCGGAGAUCUACGAAACUCUCAAGGAUGAAAGUGGGUCGUGGAUGGCAUACACGAUCUUCACUUUUGGGUUCGUAUAUGACUCAAGUGCACUCAACGGGACGGCAGCACCUUCGACGCCUGCUGAUCUGACAGACCCGAAGUGGGCUGGUAAGAUUGCGUCAUCUUACCCCCACGACGACGACGCGGUGCUCUUCCUGUACACGCGCUAUGUGGAGAAGUAUGGAUGGGACUGGGUGGCCAAGAUGGCCCAGCAGAACAUCGACUUCAACCGUGGUUCGAAUGUCGCUAGCGACUUGGUCGCUGCAGGGGAAAAGGUCAUUGGUGUUGGUUCAAGCGGCCGCGCCGAUCCCAUUACCUUCGUUGGUGGCAAUGGUACGGAUUACCUUAGCUGGGGCCAGCGAGUUGGCAUUCUUUCGAAAGCCAAGCAUCCUGCCGCGGCAAAGUUGUUCAUGAAUUGGGCCGUGUCGAAGGAGGUGCAGGAAACGGUGAUUUCGACGACGGUGCGUGCCGACAUUAACACCACCCACCCUUGGAGCAUCCCGGAAGCGAAUAUGGCAGCUUUCCCCGAUUUCAUGGAGGACCGAUCCAAGGUUGAGCAGUGGAAGCAAACAUUUGCACUGUACUUCGGCGAAGUGCAGGGGGAACCCAGUCCUGGGGUCCUUGGACUUCACCCCGGCCUCUAAGCGGACCUCCUGUUUAGCUGCUGAGUUUAUGCAGUAGGAAACGCAACGUAGCCCUUUAUACAUGACACGUAGUUCACGCUGUGGACCCAAAACAACAAUAUAGUGGCAAAUUCUUUAUAAUGCUCCGUCGCAGG